CGAGCCCUUUCUCCCCGGGCGCGCCGCCGACAAUCGUCGUGCGUCGUCUUCGUCGUCCUCCGUCGUCGACCCGGGGCAGGGGAGGCGGGAAAGAGGCGGCUCCCAGCUGUCCGGCAGCGGCUCGCCGCCGUCUCGAGCCUGGGCCCAGGAGGUCCGCCCGCGGAGGUGGCGUGCAGCGGACGCGGGGAGGACCGCCUGCUGCUGGGCGCCGGCUUCCGCGCCGUAGUGGAGGCGCUGGCCUCCGGUCUGGAGGUGCUGCGCGGCGACCCGGCCACGCUGGUGCAGCAGGGGCCGCAGGACGUCUCCGUGCGCCUCGCCUCCGGCCGCGCCCUGCGCGGCCGGCUGGCCGUGGUGGCGCUGCCCACGGGCGUGCUGGCCGGCCUCGACGGCAGGAGCGCCGUGGAGUUUGAGCCGCCGCUGCCGGCGGAGAAGCUGGAGUGCAUUCCCAGCGCCAUCGAGACGG